AUGGGAUGUGCAGCAGGAUAUUCUCUUUAAUAAGACAUGGAUUUAUCUAUUUCUCACAAAGAUUCUUAGAUUUUAUUACUAAAUAGACCAAUCAAAAACUUAUAUCAACCUAAAAUAAUAGAAUCAACUUCUUUUUGUAAUUCACUUAAGUGGUGUGAUGAAGAUGAUAAUUUAGAGAAUCUUUUUGAAGAAUGUUGUAAAUUAGAAGAGGAGUUAAUAAAUGCAAAUACUAGAAUUCUUAAGAAAGAUGAAAAUUAAGUAUAAGAACUAUAGUAAAUUUCAUAAUAAAAAAACUUCUCUUAAACCUCUAUAUGUAUGUAUAGAAGAAGAAAUCUGUUUAGAAAUAAUAAUAAAUUUCUUGAUAAAAAUGAUAAAAUCCCAAAUAGCAUUUUGAAAAGAAAGCGUUUAAAAGAAGGUCAAGUAUUUUCAAGCAAGAUUCAAAGUAAAAUAAAAGAAUAAAAAGUUGUGAGAUUUAGCAAAUGUUAUAUAAAACUUAUUCCAGAAACUUAAUUUUCAAAGAACUUAAUAAAUAUUUAAAAUUAGUCUAGUGAUGAUUUGAAUGAUAAUGUAAAUUAAUAAUGA